AUGGGUAAGCGCAAGGCUUCAAGCAGUGGAGAUGACUUGCCCAAGACGACGACAGCCUCUGGUAAUUCAUCGUUACCGGAUACAGAGAUCGUAGCCAAAAUGAAAGAGCACCGCGAGUACUUGCUCGCACAAGUCGGACUUACACCGGAAGAUGUCGAUACACCUCCAGCGAAGAAGUGUAAAAUAAAUACGAAGAAAAUUACGACUGAGGAUAACACGGAUACACCACGGGAUGUUGACUCAACUCCAGAUGUCGCGAAGACGGCAGUAGGUGCUGAGAAGCCAGACAACGACGUCGCCACACCCGAAGUCGCCUCGCCACCUAAGAGAACCAAAUCGAAAGCUAAACCAAAGUCCAAAAAGUCCGAAGCCAUCGAGCUGGACCAAGCAGGACCAAGCUCAGCUCAUGAUAGCGCACUCAGCAGUGAUCACGACCACAUCUGCAUCAAGACUAAGCUCACCGACCAUUCAGAGCCACAGGAACGCACCAAACGGACCAAGAGCACAAGCACCAAGCGCAUACGUUUAGCACCUGGGUCCCAAAAACCAGCCGAAGCAGAACUCGAACCAUCGCAUCAGCCAGCACCACUCACCAAACUUGUCAAAGCUAAGAUCCUUCGGAUCCACGACUUCAUCCAGAACGGUCACAUGGCCAUCCCCGUGUUCCUUCCAGAGAAAGUCGUCGGCGAAUCCAAAGUCAUCGAGAUCCCCUCUCGCACCCUAGCCGGCGUCCUAAAACGUCUUUACAUCGACUACCAGCUCGGCGACCCUGAAACAGCGCACCUAGCGGAACUGGAGAUGUGCAUCACCGACCGCUUCACCGAUGAUGUCAAAGCUUGUCCGGAUCAGGGUUGGGUGCGUGUGGAUCUCAGCCUGCUGAACGAGGUUGAGGUGCUGGAGGAGAUUAGACGGAAGGUGAAGGGUUGUGGACUGGAUGAUGUGAAUUUGUUGGAAGUCGAGAUCGCUAUGAUGGAAUGGGAUCUUUUGGCUCAGCAUGGCUUGCUUGAGGAUGGGGAGGGGAGUCGUGUCUCUCCUCCCGACGAACUACAGUCGGGUCUUGAUGAGACAUUGGAGGAUCUGAGGAGUCGUGACGAGAUUGCUGUUGUUUCUGAGACUACUGUCGCUAUGGCUGUAGCUGUGUAA